AUGAAAUCGGUCACUUCCGGCGAGCCAGAAGACGUCACAUGUUUUGGUUUUUGGGGAGAUCAGAAGCUCAAACACUCAGAAACUGCAUCUUUAAACCUCACAGCGGGAGGCUCAGAUGGGAGUUGACCAGACUGAACCGGAGGUGCCGGCGGAGGCGGUGGGCAGGCGGGUGUCCUGCGGCGGGGAGCGGGCCACGGUGCGGUACGUGGGCCCGGUGCCGCCGACAGCAGGGCUGUGGCUCGGCGUCGAGUGGGAUAACCCAGAGAGAGGCAAACACGACGGCAGCCACGACGGACUUCAGUAUUUUACCUGCAGACACCCUAAAGGAGGCUCUUUCGUCCGUCCAGCGAAGGCGAGCUUUGGCGUGGACUUCCUAACCGCCGUGCAGCAGGUGUACCAGGUGGACUCGGAGGAGGUGCUGAGGGAGGAGAUCUCCAUCUCCUCCAAGAAGCUCAAGUGGGGGAAUAUCAAGGAGCGCAGUUUUGAGAGUCUUCCAACAGUGUUGCUGAGCCGCUCUGAAGUAAACGGGCCUGGAGCCGACGGAGAAAUCAGGAAAACAACGCCGAACGUGCAGUGGCUGGACCUGAGUGGGACUCUGCUGUCCAGCUGGGAGGACGUGGCUGCCGUCACCCAGCAGCUGGACAAACUGGAGGGACUUCAGCUCAGCAACAACAGACUGUGUUUGCCGUCCGACCCGUCGGCUCACUGCCAGGCGUUCUGCAGCCUCAAAGUCCUUGCCCUCAAUAGCUGCGACCUCACCUGGCCUCAGAUCCUGGAAUGCGCCCCCAUGUGGCCACAGCUGGAGGAUCUGUGCGUAGAAGAAAACAACAUCACAGAGCUGCAGAGGCCCGACGGAGUCCUGCAGUCCCUUAAGAGUCUCAGUCUGUCCAGUAACCCUGUAGUGCAGGACAGUCUGAUCAGGAUAGCUGCUCUGCCCAGACUGGAGCAGCUGAGCUUGUCCAAGACCGGACUGACAGACAUUCGGUUCGAUGACGCCGCUCCUGGGUCUCAGACAGCCAUGUUUCCAGCACUGAAGAAUCUCAACGUGGACCACAACAACAUCACCGAGGUCAGUUUCUGCUCAGAUACAAAUACAAACACUUUCUGGAGACGUUCAGGAGAGCAGAGACACUGUGAACACCAGGCAUCACUGACGGUUGCACCUUUAACCAGCAGUUGUCCAUUAACUGGAAGGACGGUGGUUCGAUCCCCGCUCCUCCGGUCUGCAUGUCGAAGUGUCCUUGUCACUGGACCCCGGAUUGCUCCCGGUGUCCAUUGGUUUGCGCCUUACUCUCGUCAGCGUGUAACAGCCAAUCAGAUGCUCAUCGCCAAACUGGGACGACUGGUCGUUGAACGCUGUGAGAUCCGCCCUGAUGACAGGAGGGGGGCGGAGCUCGACUACAUCAAGAUGUUUGGGGAGGAGUGGCUGAAGGCGGGCGGGGGGACUCAGCCCAGCAGCCAGUUCAUCUGCCAGCACCCUCGUUACCUGAGCCUCAUCGACAAGUACGGAGCUCCAGAGGAAGGCGAGCUAAAGAAGCCGGAGCCGUUUGCCCUGAAGAAUCAGCUGUUAAAGAUCGUGUUCGUGUUUCCUGAUGACGCCGAGCGGAAACCAAUCGAGAAGAAACUUCCAGACUCCAUGGUGGUGCAGAAGGUGAAGGGACUCCUGUACCGGCUGCUGAAGGUUCCUGCAGCAGAUCUGAAGCUCACCUACACCAGCCCCAAGAAUGUGGGGACAGAGUUUGAGAUCGACAGCGACCUGAAGACUCUACAGUUUUACUCCAUAGAGGAUGGAGACCAGGUGUUGGUGCGCUGGUCCUGAUCCGGACCAGGAGGCGAAGGACCAGCCUGGUCCACAGCAGAGACAGAACUUCAGCUGCUUCUGUGUCAGACUGAGAUGUAGCAGCAGGCUGCGGACGCUUGCUGGAGAGGACUCAGAGAGGUGGAUUCACUUCAGAGUGACGCUCAGACUGUUUAACGCCUGUGUCAGAAAUUAUACCGCUCGCGAAGCAAAUCCAGGAUGACACAUGUCAGUCUGUCCGCUUGGAUUUCCUUCAGGACUUCAUUUAGAAACAUCACAGAGGAAAUCUACAGCUGCACCAACAAGUUUAAGGAUUUAAUGAAUAAAUAGACCUUUCACACUUUUUGCUUUGGUUUGAGUCGGGGGCUUCAGCUGUAUAACCCGUGUCAGCAUUUCAGUGUAAUAAACUGUGUGAUAUAUUA